AUGAGAAAAUGUCUAAUCAAAUAUAAACCUCAUAAUACAAAUUUCAUAUGGUCAGAGUACGAUCUCUAAUUGAAAAAUUACAUUUAUAGAAUUAAUGAUUUAUUCAAAGACUUACAAUGUUAAUUACAUGAUCAUGAUUCUAUAAUAGCUAUUUGUAUAGAUUCAAAUUGUGAAGAGUAUCAACAUAUUUUAUGGUAAUUGAAUUGACUAGGUAGUUUAAAAUGUAUAAUAAAUGAUCAUCAACAUGAGUCCCAAAAUAUUUUAGUAAUCAAAGAAAUUGUAGAUAAAAGAGACAAACUUUUUAAAUUGAUUUAAUAUCUUCACAAUAAGGAAAAUAGUAGUCGUCAUAUUAAUUAACGUAGAUAAGUUAUAUUAAUGUAGAUGAGUAUAAAUGGUUAUAAGAUUGUAUUCUAAAUGGUAUAUAGAAUCCAUAUCCAUCUUUAACAUUUGAAAAUGUAUUUCUAACAGUCUAAGAUGCAUUCCUUGCAAAUAUGGAUGAUCUUAAAUCAUAAGUAGAAAAGAGUGUUCAUUCAUUAUAAUGUAAUUCCCAGAAGUACAAGAAGAUUUAAUAAUUGAAAUAAAGAAUGCAUGAUUUAAUUAAGACUACACAUUCAUAAAUUUAUCUAAAUUUCCAAUCCAUUUUAUAAGAAGAUAGUAAUGAAUAGAAAUCAACUGAUGUUAAAUCUAUGCCAUAAGCAAUUACUUUAAAUUUAUCAUAAAUAGAUUAACUAGGUGAAACCUAAUAAUUAUUAUUAAAUAAAGAUAGUUUUGAAAAUAUUGAUAAUUUUCCAAAUUUUUAGAAUACUUACACAAAUAAUAAUAAUAAUUAAACAAACACUUCCAUAUCUAAAUUUGAUGAUACUAUAAGUCCUCUCAUGCCAACAUUAUCAUUUCUAGAUAAAACAACUAAGAGAAGUAUAUUAGGUAAACCUAAAGUGAAAUUUGAAGAAGGAGGUAAAAUUAUUACAAUGCAAAAGAAUACUACUAUUGUUUCAUAAGACUUAUAUUUUCAAGAUAAUAUAGAAAUACGUAUACGUAUUCUUUCAUUUCUAUCUGGUUGUCUACAUUUUGGAUAUGUUGAAUAAACAGCUUUUGAAUUAACUAAAAAUAUUGAUAAUGUUGGUAAUUGGGCAUGUUUAUAUAAUUAAUGUAGAGAUGAUUCUAAAUUAGGGAAAGUGUAGGAUUUCUGUUUAUAAAUAGAUAGUAUUGUUGGAUUGAAUUUAAACUUUGUUGAUGAUAUAGUAAGUCUAAGAUUGUUUACAAGAGAUGGAAUCUUAAUACUAUUUCAAAAAAAGGGAUCUUUGAUGAAAUAAAAAUAAUAUAUUUACAUGUCAUGUUUAGAAGGAUAAGUUAAAUUUGAAGUUUUAAAUUGA